UGGUGGACUCGGACUCGGGGAGGGGGCACUGUUGUCACUCGCCGCGGCUGUGUGUCGAGUUUUUGUCCAGGAGAAAUGGCCGGGAUUAAAGCUCUCAUCAGCCUGUCCUUUGGAGGGGCCAUUGGCCUCAUGUUCCUCAUGCUAGGAUGUGCCCUCCCUGUGUACGACAAAUACUGGCCUUUGUUCCUCCUCUUCUUCUACAUCCUCUCUCCCAUCCCUUACUGCAUCUCGCGGAGGGUGGUCGACGACACAGACUCGGCCAGUAAUGCCUGCAAAGAGCUGGCCAUCUUCCUCACGACGGGCAUCGUCAUUUCAGCCUUCGGCCUGCCCAUCGUCUUCGCAAGAGCCGAAGUUAUCGCCUGGGGGGCGUGUGCGCUAGUGCUAACGGGUAACGUAGUCAUCUUCGGCACCAUCCUGGGCUUCUUCCUCGUCUUCGGAUCCAACGACGACUUCAGUUGGCAGCAGUGGUAAAACAGCAGAGGGAGGGGGACACCUUAGUCUGAACUGUUUUUAUUAGCAUUAUAAUUAUGGUAAUACUGUUUGGUUCUUGUUGUUGUUAUUUAUAUGAUGACCGCCCAUGAAUAGACUCACUCCAAACCAGUGCAAUACUUUUUUUGUUCUCUUCUCUUUCUUUUUUUUUUUACCACCUGCAUCAUAAUGAACUGACACUAGUGGGAUGGAAAAUAUUGACUUUCAUUUGGAUUUUUCCUCAUUUUAAAUUUUGCUCUCUGACUUCUGUGUUUGUGAGUCUUCUCCAUCUGUGUGUCUGCUUUCAUUUUGAGCGUUGUAAACCAAGUGAUGGUGAACAACUGCUUGUGUUAUCUGUGAAAAUAUGUUUUGUUUUUUUUGUUGUUUUUUUUUAAAUCCAAUUGAAUGUCCAAGAAGAUUUAAUCUGAACAAAAGGACAGGGUCAAGGUUGUCUGGCCUCCUUUUCCCAAUCAGUUGUUACUCUGGAAAUGCUUUUUCUAUAUGAAGGGCACAGAUAAUGGUGCAUUUCCAGUGUGUUGAGAGUAACUCAGCAGAAAACUGAGGGAAAAUCUGCACAGUAUGAGCUCAGAUUCAACACCUUAUGAAAAAGCUCAAUUUUUAUUUGACAUAGACUUAUUGGACUGAAACUGUGUUUUGUUUUUUUUUUUUUUUUUUUGGUCUUGUCACAUUCAAGGGUAAAAAUUCAGCUGAUAAAGAGCAGAUUUUUUGUCAGCUUUUUUGUCUGAGGUAAUGCUAAACUCACCAAGCUGUGAAACUUGGCAAACGAGUGUAGAGGAUCACUGUGUGUUUGUGAAAGAACUGGGCUGUUUUGCCACCAACCAUACACAUCUUUCAAACCCUUUUAAGUGUGUAAAUGUGAUUUAAAUCAGCUGUAUUUCCAGCGAUGUGAUAUUUCUUUCUGUUUGUCAUCACACAAAAUAAGGAGGUAGUUUUCAGAAAUGUUUUUUUUUUUCCUAUCUCAGCUUCCACUCAGUGAAACACCCCGACCGCCACCGCAGAGAUCAGCUUAAGCUGACUCGGUGUUUUCCCAGGCGCCAGCUGGAUGCAGGCUGCCUAUACACCAUGUUACGCUGCAUCUAAUAGCUCUUACCUCACUGUACGUAUGGGUUAGCCUCGCCUAGUCAGAUCAAGGGAGCGUGAAAAGCCUGUAGUAGCCGCCAGCUAGCGUAGGAUUAGCUUGAGGACGGCAGCCAAGUGACAGUAAGACCUGGGCUACUCAUAAACAAGGCCCGGUCAGUCACUAACAGCCCUUAAGCUUUUAAAUGUGACCACUUCGUUCUGACUCAUUCAAAGUAAAGUAAUCCAGACACUAUACUUGGCGUUGAUUAAGCAUAUUAGGUCCUGACUUGGUGCACACGCCCCCACAUUUCCUCACACCAGCACUUCCAGGAUAAAAACACAGGUUUACGUUCUAUGAUUUCUUUUAAUUUGGAAGUUUUUCUAUGUUCCCCGGCUCGUGUAAAGGAAAUUUUUAUGUUGGUUUGUGUAAUCUGAUGCAGCUCUGGGAUCAACAGUCAGUCAGGUGCAGGUCUCCUGUUUGCCAUUAUGUUUACCUGCAUUAGCGGUAGCUGAACAAGGAAUUAAAGCAUCUGCUGCCACGUUUAAGCUCCAGUGUGCUGGAUGGAGAGUUGAGCGUCGAGCAUUUCCUUUUUAGAUGUUAAUUUUGUUUUUGUUUAUUUUCCUGUGGAUGGCGCUGUUUGAACAUGUGCUCUCUGGAAGAUAGAAGAUAUCAUUUCUUUUUUCUUGAAGACUGAUGUUUUUAAAUUUAAUUUUUUCCCACCAUUUCAAGAAUGAAAUGUUUUAGUCAUUGAGGGCUGCAACUAACAGUACUUUUCAACUAAGCAGCUGAUUAUUUCUUUUUCGAUUAAUUGAUUAAUCAUUUGCUCCAUAAAAUAUCAGAAAACACACAAUUAUAAUACCCUAGAGCACAAGGUGACAUUAUAAAAUGUCCAACCCCCAAAAUAUUUAAUUUACUUUACUGUUAGACCAAGAAAAGCAUCAAAUUCUCACAUUUGAGAAAUCCGAGGAAUCAGAUUUAUGACAGUGUUACUUGAAAAUUGUCUUAAACGAUUGAUUAAUUACCAUUCUAGCUGCUGAUUAAUUUUCUUUCAAUCGUUUAAGUGACUAAUCGUUGCAGCUCAAAAGUCAUUUUGUCUUAGCAGGCCUGCAUUGGAGGUAAUUUUUACCACGGAUUUCCAUACGCAGCAGAUUUCCAAUGGAAGUUUUGUAUUGUGUUAAACUCUGAAGCAAACAAACGCUCUCAGUAUUCACACAUUUUGUCUCACAGUUACAGUGUAAUGUCUCAUUUUAAACCCCAUUUUUUAUGAUUUUAAACCCACAAAUUCUUAACUGAAACUUGCUUGAAAGGUGUAGCUCAACAUUUUGGUAAGAGAAAUGAGAAAUAGAUGUCUACACAUGUCUACACAUUAAAUAUGACGGUAGAGCCAGGAGCCGAUUAGCCUAACUAAGCAUAAACUCUCAAUCGGGGGGAAACAUCUUGUCUGGCUCUGUCUGAAGUUCAAAAAUGUGCCUACCAGCACCUCUAAAGUUCACUGAUUAACAUAGUUGAUCUCAUUUGUUUAAUCCAUAGACAAAGAGAAAUGUAAAAACAGCAUUUUGUGGUUUUAGGGGAGCUAUGUGCUGUAACUAUAAACUGCUGAGUAAACUGUUAAGGCACAUAACUUCUUCUAAAACAACAAAUUUUCAUUGCUAUAUUUCUGCUUGUGUAUGUAUUAAACGAACAAGUUACAUGAUAAUUGUUAAGUUUUAGAGAUUUUGCUGGAUGUUUUUCUUUUUUUUUAACUUUGAAGUGAGUCAGACUAGCUGUUUUUCCCUGCUACCAGUCUUUAUGCUAAGCUAAUUGCCUCCCGGCUCCAGCACCAUACCCGAGGCACAGACAUGAGAAUAUCUCUCUUCCCAGCUAACUCGCGGAAAAGAAAACUCAAAAGAGUUUUUGCCAAAAAUGUCAUACGAUUCACUUCAAAUUAACUUUAACAAUUUCUACAUUCUGUCCUAGUCUCAUUAAAAGCUGCAGCUAUUAAGAAGAACAAAUAGCGAACGUCUUAAUGUUAAACACAAAUGCUACAGUAUUUCUUACAUAAAUUAAAAACACUUUCAGAGGAGAAAAGCAUUGGAAAUCUGCCGAGGAAAGCCAUGGCUCACAAACGAACCGACAGCUGGGUUUUAGCACUAUAAAUUGGCUGUAACACUCCACGCUCUGUUAUAUUUCCUGUCUGGUACUUGACUCUUCCAGAGAUCAUAACCUCAUUGUAGGCAUUGAUUGUAUUAAAAGCACCGCAGUGAUGGCAGCUUUUUGGUUUCUGUUGAAAACACGUGUAAAAAAAAAAAAAAAAAAAAAAAAAAAAAAG